UCUCUCUUUUCCCUUCUCUCUCAUCAAACUCUCUCUCUUCCCUUUCUCUCUGAUCCACCGUUGCCGCGCCUCCCCCUCUGAUCCACCGCCGCCACUGCCGCCCAUAGCCGCCGUUGUCGCGCCGCCCGACUCCACCUCCGUCAUCCCGCGCCGCCCACUCCACCGCCUUGCCGCUGCCGUUCCAAACUUGUGGAGCGAAUCAGAGAUUUCCAGAUCCGAUCUCAACCCAAGUGUUUUCCUCUCACUCUCUUCUCUCCCAAACCCCAUAUCAUUACAUGGUGUGGAAAAUGAUCCAGAAAAAGAUGGAAUGUGUUGAAGUAAUAGUCUUGAAGGAACCAAUUCAUCAUUUAUGGGCACAUGGUGAAACAAUUUUUGCAAUUACUGAAAGCCAGGGAAUAAAGGUGAUGCUUCAAUGAUUUGUGACAUGUAGCACUGAAACUUUAAAACAAAGUCACACACAUAUGUACCACCAGCUAAUUAAAGAAUCAAGAGUGAUAGGAGAUAUUAUCAAAGGUAAGGAAGCAAAGUGCAUGGCAGUGGCUCAGGGAAAGUUAUACAUUGGCUGCACAGAUUCAAGCAUACAGAUUGAGGACCAGGGUUUGAGCAGCAGCUUUUUUCCUUUCAUAGUUGUGGAGGAGGAUGUUUGCUCUGAAAUCUGUGUACUUGAGCCUUUACUGGAAUUAAGUGAUACUGAUCAAGACAUUGAAGGAAAUGGAAAAAUUAAAGCCAAAAAUCAAGCCAUGGAGUUCUCUGUGGACCAUGAUUGGUGUGCAGUAGUUAAAAUACUACUGAACCUCCUGCUUGAUGAAACUUUUUGUUGUAUAAGGGAAAGGAAUUGUUGUAUGUUUUUGUAUUUUAUGAUUGUUGUUUAUAAGAAGCUAUUGUAUUUUUUGAGGCACAUUUUUGUCCUGUUUAUCUAAUUCGGUUGAAA